CUCCAAGAACAUUCUGAUCAUGGGGGGCACCAGGUUCAUUGGUCUCUUCCUGUCCAGGAAACUUGUCCAGGAGGGACACCAGGUCACAUUGUUCACCAGAGGAAAGGCACCCAUAACCCAGCAGUUGCCAGGUGAAUCAGAUGCAGAGUAUGCAGAGUUCUCUUCCAAGGUGCUGCAUUUGAAAGGUGAUAGGAAAGACUUUGAUUUCGUCAAGACCAGCCUUUCUGCUAAGGGCUUUAAUAUCGUCUAUGAUAUUAAUGGCAGUUGUCGAGAAUGCGAAGUUGAAGCAUGA